CUGACACCUUAACCACUACACCAAAUUGGCUCAUCACAAAUUUACUCCUACUUAAAUAUGCAUACAAUUAUAUCGGUGAGGAGAAUCAUCUCUCCUUUCUGAACUCACCGAAUGAGUUUAGUACAACCACAAUUUGUCUAAGAAUACACAAAUGCAAAUACAUGCAUUAACAACAUGCUAAUAAAGAUUAAUAUUCUCAGAGAGGCAUUUCAAAUUUUCUGUUCCAGAUUAUUACUCAUAAUAAUACCCGUGUUUAUUAAUAAUCCAAGCCACGGCAACAUCACUUCUAUUAUUUUUCGUGACAUGAAGGGAAAAAACAUGAAGAAGGCUGGUAAACAACAAUUACAGCUGAGAAACUCAUAGACAUGAAUGAGUAAGAAGGAACACAGUGUAGCUGCGGGGAAGAAACUCCACUCCGGGUUUUUUUGGUCGCUCUCUGAGUGACAGAUUGACAUCACUGGAGGCGUGAGGAAGGGUUGAGGUGGGGGCUCUGCGCUGAAAUGCUGCCGUGCGGAGUUUAGCUCAAUCUGAAACAGCUUCGCUGCCGCACAAAAGAGCCUGCAAAGUGAUAGCCGCAGCGGGCAAAGUCAAGCAACUGCGAGGCGACUUGGAUUUAAUUCCGAUUGCCGUGGACUUAAUUAAGACGGAAACGGCUCAUAACCUUUCCAUUCGGUAAUCACGAUCUGGAGGUUUUUGCAAGGCUUUCGGAAGUCGCUCAGGCAUUUCCCUUGCACUUUGACUCGCUUAAGGUUGGAGCGGAAAGCUGCGGGCCAAGGACCAUGUGGUGGAAAGAAGGUUAGAGUCGAGGAAGUGGUUGGACUUAUCUGCUACACGCGCGCUUGACUGGGAGGGGAAAAUCGUGCGCCUGGAAAAGAAAAAAAGAAAAACUCCAACUUGGCGGAAGGCAGGAGGGAGAAUUGAGCGUGCCGCAGCAAGCUUGCUUCGCGAAAAGGCGGCUACUCCUCUCCCCCCCCCCGAAGUCGUUUGCUGCUGAGGAGCGACCCUCUCCGGGGCCGUGUGGAUGCGGCGUGCGAUUGAAAAGCUGUAGCUCGCAUUUGCAAAACCAGUUCGGCCUCUUCUCCUGACUACCGAAGAAACUUCUUUGGGAUUUGCUCUUCGGAGAAAACUUCCCAAACAGCUCGUUUCAGGGAAGGGACGUGCAAUGUAAGCAGAUACCCCUUUGAAUGUUUGUGCUUCAGAAGGCGAGCUGUUUGGGGGGCGAGCGAGUUGGGGAGCCUUUCGCUCGAAGACCAGGAUUUUGUGACCGCGCUGCGCGAAUCGAAAGGAAGGCGAAGAGGAGCAAACUUGGCCUCUCGGAUCAGACGACAGCUGGAGAGCAAGGGUUGGGGGGAGCCGAGAAGGUCUUCCCCUCUGGAAUGAGUUUUCCUGCGCUGUAAGACUUCUCUGAUCCUCGCACGCUACCUUAUGGAUCUAACUUAGCAGGGAGGUGCCUUCACGCGGAUUUGCCAUUCAAAAACGAUUUCAGAUGCAUGCCCAGUUCCUGGUGAAUGCCAGAAUUAGAGACCACUACCGAUGGAGUCCACAGGUCAGCAUGGCAACAGCAGUUCAUUAGUUGUCCAUCAGCAGCUUUUGCUGGAUAACCGGCAAAGGUUGGACUAUGAAAGAGAUGUUCAGCCCACUGCCAUCUUGUCACUGGACCAGAUCAAGACGCUCAGGGGCAGCAAUGAAUACACUGAAGGCCCAUCUGUGGUGAAAAAGUCUGCUCCACAGACGGCUCCAAGACAAGAAAAACAUGAAAGGACUCAUGAAAUCUUACCAAUAAAUGUGAAUAAUAAUUAUGAGCCCAGACCCAGCCAUCCUGGACAUGUGAUACAUCAACACAGCUCAAGGGUUCCUGUGUUGAAUAGAUCUACAAGCACUGGAAGUGCAGCUAGUUCUGGAAGCAACAGCAGUGCUUCUUCAGAGCAGGGCCUUCUGUUAAGAUCACCGCCAUCAAGGCUGGGCCCGGGUCAGAGAUCUGAAAGGCCAAUCAGGACGCAACCCAAGCCAUCAUCUUUGAUUGUAGAUGACCUGAAGAGUUCUUUGAAAGAGGAUUCUACACAGCAUAAGUUCAUAUGUGAACAGUGUGGGAAGUGCAAAUGUGGAGAAUGCACAGCACCCAGGGCCUUGCCUUCUUGCUUGGCCUGCAACAGGCAGUGCUUGUGUUCAGCAGAGAGCAUGGUGGAAUAUAGCACCUGUAUGUGUCUGGUCAAAGGAAUCUUCUACCACUGUUCCAACGAUGAUGAAGGGGACUCAUAUGCGGAUAGUCCUUGCUCAUGCUCCCAGUCACAUUGCUGGUCACGGUACUUAUGCAUGGGGGCCAUGGCUUUGUUUCUUCCUUGCCUGCUCUGUUACCCUCCUGCGAAAGGAUGCCUGAAACUGUGUCGUGGGUGUUACGACUGGAUCAAUCGUCCAGGAUGCCGAUGCAAAAACUCCAAUACGGUUUAUUGUAAGCUGGAAAGUUGUCCAUCGAGGGGUCAAGGCAAGGCCUCCUGAUUUCUGGAGGGAAAGAUUCAGUUCCUCAGACACCAUCUUUCAGGUUGUGGCUGACUUUUUGGUCUUCAUUCCCCUUUUCUCUUUCAUGCCCAAGUUCUUUUCUUGCUUCCAUUGCUUUUCUCAAUGAAGGCAAAUCUGAGCGCAUGGGUCUUUGGUAAGUGUGGCUCAUGUACUGGCGUCUUUUCUCAUCUUGGCAAGUCAUCUCAGGACUCUGAGUAAUCGUCUCCUGAAAGAAGUAGUGAGGGUACUGGGUUUUUCUGAAGUCCUUUAUACUGCAAACAACUUUCCAAAGAUGCUGUUUUGUUUUGUUCUAUUUUUAACUAACUUUAAUGACUUUCAAGUGUUUUUUUCAAGUCUUCCUGUUUCCCCUUUUUAAAAAAAGGCUGCAUAAUCCAGUUAUUUUCCUUAAACAAAGCAGAAAGGAAAGAAAGUUUGGUUGGAAUUUAGCAAACCUAGUCUCCUGGUCCCCUUUUAAAAAAAAUGUAACCAGCCUGCAUUUUGCUCAUUCCUUGGCAGUUUUUUUUUUUAAAUUCAGAUUUUAAAUAUUUACCUUAAUUGCCCUAUCCCCAUCACUGGUUUCUUCAUCAGCUUCUGUUG